AUGAGACGUCUUACAAAAGACCAUAACGCGUGGAAAAUAAAUCAACGGCAGGAGAAGGGUGUCAGAGGGGGCCUUGGAGAGGUUUUUUGGUUGAUGGAGAUGGAUUUGAUGGCUAGCUGCAAGGGAAAGUUGGCAUAUUUUAGAAUUAAAGAGCUUAAGGAUAUUUUAUCUCGGUUGGGUCUUUCAAAACAAGGAAAGAAGCAGGAUUUAAUGGACAGAGUUUUAGGUUUGCUCUCAGAUGAUGAAAGUGAGUUAUCAUUGCAAGUUUUGUCAUUUAUAGAAUGUUAUUAUUUGCCCUUGGUACUGUUAGUCAGGGCAGGUGUCCAUCACUUGGGGAAUCAGCCUCUCACGGAUGCUUCAGAUUUAGCAGCAGAGGCUCCAAGUGGCUUAGAUAUUAUGAGUGUUAAAGAAGAACUUGAACAUUUCAUUAAGCCGGAGAAGAGGAUUCGUUGCCCUUGUGGAAGCUCACUGCCUAACAAAUUCAUGAUACAGGAAGAGAAAGCAGCUAUGAAGUUGACCGUGUUACACAGCACCUUAGGAUUUCGAGCACUUACAAUGCCUGUUUAUUUGAUUUUUGCUUCCCUAUGUAUAGAUUCAAAAUGUCAAGUGCAGCAACAUAUUAGUUGUGUCAUUUUUCCGGAGAACCCUAUGGACAGUGACCAUCCAAUUCCAUCUGUAUUUUACUGUGAAACAUGUCGAAUUGACCGAGCAGAUCCUAAUAACACACUGCAGAGUGUGGAAACAACUUUUCAAUUGACAAGAUCAGAUCAACUCCUACUACAGAAUAGUCAAUAUGAUGUUCAGGCUUGGUGCAUGCUUCUCAAUGAUAAUGUUUUGUUUAGGCUGCAGUGGCCACUGCAUGCAGAUUUACAGGUUAAUGGCAUGCCCGUGAGAGUGCAUAAUAGGCUGGGAUCACAGUAUCUUGGUGCUAAUGGCCGUGAUGAUGGUGCACUAAUCAAAUUAUGCAUUGGAGAGGGAAUGAAUAGAGUUUCUUUAUCAGGAUGUGAUUCUCGCAUUUUCUGCUUUGGCAUCAGACUCGUAAAGCGACGAACAGUUGAACAGGUUCUCAAUCUGAUUCCCAAAGAUGGUGAGUCUUUUGAUGAUGCACUUGCUCGUGUUUGUCGUUGCAUUGGUGGUGGGAUGGGUAUUACAAAUGAAGAUAGUGACAGUGAUUUGGAGGUGAUCGCAGAGGCAAUUACAGUUAAUCUCCGCUGUCCUUGGCAGUGUCCUAUUUGUCUUAAGAACUACUCCUUGGAGGAUAUCGUUAUUGAUCCUUACUUCAACCGCAUCACAAAUAUGAUGGGUCAUUGUGAAGAAGACAUAACUGAGAUAGAGGUGAAACCUGAUGGUUGUUGGACUGCAAAGACAAAAGUUGAGGUUGGUGAUCUUGGGCAAUGGCAUUUUCCUGAUGGUUCUCUUUGUGCUCAUAUGGAUGAAGUUGCUCCCUGUUAUGAAACCUCGAGGCAGAUUGAGAAGGGAGAUGGCUUGACAGCACAUGGUAAUCCUGAAAUCGACAUUAAGAAUAAUCUCAGUGGAAUUAUGCAAGGAAGAAACCAAGAGCUUGCUUUUUAUUCCUCCAAGAAUCAACUUGACAAAAAUUUCAUAAAUCAUGGCCAAAGGACAAUAACAAUGAGCAGUAGCACCACCGGAAGUGGCAGGGAUGAGGAGGACCCAAGUAUAAACCAGGAUUACAGUGGGAAUGUUGAAAUAUCUCCCAGUAGUGUCAAUGAAAUCAACUCUAUCUGUCACUAUUUUGACCCAACACUUGCAAUAAACAAUGGUAGUUCUGUGCCAUCAGGGAAUGCUGACAUCAUUGUUCUUAGUGAUUCCGAUGAAGAGAAUGUCAAUUUAGCUCCUCCCGAAACUGUCUAUGAUACUUGCACAGUGAAUGGGAGUGGUUCUUUGUUGGCUGCCAAUCCUGGAAUAGCAAACUCAUACUUAGAAGAUCUAGCUCUUGAUGCAGGUGCAAAUUCUUGUUUUGGUCUCUUCGAUACAGCUGUCAAUGAUGUCGGGAUGUCUAACUGGUCAUAUUCUUCUGGUACUCAAGCUGGUCCCCAUUUCCAACUAUUUAAUACAGACUCGGAUGUAUCAGAUGCUUUUAUUGAUCUGGAUCAUCCUUCCAUUGGUUGUACUGCUCCAAUGAAUGGUUGCACACCGGCAUCAAUGCCAGCUAUAACUUCUGGUGAUGAGGUCCUAGAUUCUUUGGCCUGUGACGCCAAUGUUGACAUGGAUGUUGGCUUGGUUGAUAAUCCUAUGAGAUUUGUUGGUGAGGACCCCUCAUUACAAACCUUUCUCCCAACUCAACCUGUGUACCAGCCUCCUGUGUCAAAUUGUGUCCCUACUGAGGAUUGGAUUUCCCUUAGCCUUGGCAGCACCAGUGAGAGUUUUGGCAAUCACACCAGGGAUCGUGUUCAGGGUGCUGCCAAAAAUGGGGUUGAUUUGAGAAACCAGUUAGGAUCAAAUCAAGCUACUUCAGUUGCAGCUCUAAACGAUGAAGCUAGGACUAACAGGAAAUGUAACAAGAAAUUUUCAGAUGGCCCUUUCUCAUUUCCUCGCCAGCCACGGUCUGCAAACGAGGAAGGAGAUGAGCAACCAACCGGAAGUGGGGCAGGUUGCUCCCUUCAGUUGCUAGAGGUGGUUAAAUUUGAUUUCCGUUUCUUUGGGGACUUCUGUGUUGCAACAUUGGAAGGCAUGCAAUAUGAUAUCAGGAUAUCGCGGAAGAAGGUUUUGAAGUAG